UCAGUGCUUUAGCAUGCAGCUUAGACUCAUAGACAUGCAUUUGAGCUGAUAAUAUGUUGUUUUCUCAUUUGUUUGUUUUCCUAUGUCUCAGGAGGAUCUGAUAUAAAUGAAUUGUAUCUAUACGCUGGAAACUGACAAAGCAAUCCAGGAAGAAGCUCAAGUCAUCUUCUUAAUUCAAGGUGAUUUGGAGGAGUUGACAGGCAAUACAUGAAAUCGAUGAAGAAUGACAGCGGUCCACAGCCUCAGACAGCACUUUCUCAGAAGAGAGGCCAGUGGGCCAACAAAACAGAAUUCAUUUUAGCGGUGGCCGGACAAAUAAUCGGUCUGGGCAAUGUUUGGAGAUUUCCCUAUCUGUGCUUCAAAAAUGGAGGAGGGGUCUUCCUGGUCCCCUAUGUCCUGAUGCUGUUCACCUGUGGGAUUCCUCUCUUCUUCAUGGAGGUUUCUUUGGGGCAGUUCACUCGCCAGGGUGGGAUCACAUGUUGGAGGAAAGUUUGUCCUCUUGCUCAAGGUUUGGGCUAUGGCAGUCAAUUGGUGGUUUUCUAUGGUGUAAUUUACUACAUCAUCAUACUGGCUUGGGCCUUCCUCUACCUCUUCUCGUCCUUCAACACUGAGCUCCCCUGGGCCAACUGUAACAACACCUGGAACACAGGUAAUUGUUUUGAUCAUGGCCAGAAUCAUUCACCAUCUAAUCACAGCCUCAGAAAUGCAACGUCUUCUUUCCAAGAAUUUUGGCAGAGAAGAGUCUUAGGCCUGUCUGGAGGGAUCGCGGAGAUCGGGAGUCUCCGAUGGGACCUGGCUGGGUGUCUUCUGCUCACUUGGAUCAUCUGCUACUUCUGUAUCUGGAAGGGAGUCAAGUCUUCAGGAAAGGUGGUGUAUUUCACUGCUACUUUCCCCUAUGUGAUGAUGAUUGUGUUGCUUGUGCGCGGUCUCACUCUGCCAGGAGCCGUAGAUGGUAUCAGAUUUUACCUCUACCCUGACCCAGUCCGGCUCACUGAUCCUCAGGCAUGGAUGGAUGCUGGAAGCCAGAUAUUUUCCUCCUAUUCCAUCUGUAUAGGAUCUUUACAGGUUUUAGGAAGCUACAACAAGUUUGACAACAACUGCUACAAAGACAGUUUAUACUUAUGCCUGCUGAACAGCAUAACCAGCUUUGUGGCGGGCUUUGCAGUCUUCUCUGUCCUGGGCUUCAUGGCAAACCAACUGGAUGUGGACAUUUCAAAAGUGGCUGAGUCAGGCCCUGGUCUGGCGUUCAUCGCCUAUCCUCAUGCAGUAGCCAUGAUGCCUGUUCCCCAGCUCUGGGCCUCAUUCUUCUUCAUCAUGAUCAUCUUGCUGGGCCUCGACAGUCAGUUUGUGUACGUGGAGGCCCUGGUCACAUCUCUGUCAGAUAUAUAUCCAUCUUUCUUCCACGUUGGUCAUCGACGAAAACUACUUCUGCUGGCCGUCUGUGUCGGAUGUUUCUCAAUCGGCCUCCUGAUGGUCACUGAGGGUGGACUUUAUGUAUUUCUGCUUUUUGACUAUUAUGCUUGCAACGGGAUGCCGGUCAUGGUUUUUGCCAUCAUUGAGUGUCUCAUUAUAGCAUGGGUAUACGGUGCUGAUCAAUACUACGAUAAUGUUAUGGACAUGAUUGGUUACCGUCCUUGGCCUUACAUGAAAUAUUGCUGGAAAUACAUCACACCUGCUAUCUGCACCGGCAUACUCCUCUUUUCCUUGAUCCAGUUCACCCCUCUGAAAUACAACAACACCUACCAGUACCCCUGGUGGGGCUACGCCAUCGGGAUGUUCCUGGCUCUCUCCUCAGCUCUCCUGGUUCCUCUGUGGUUUCUCUACAGCAUGACUGUAACCCCAGGGACUCUGAGACAGAAGCUGAAAGUGUUAUCCACUCCAGCAGAGGACCUGAGCAGUGCAUCCACAAAGAGGAACCUCAGCCUUGAAGCCCUUCAGCCACCCACAGAGCUGUGUGUGUUAAAUACAACACACCAAAAGGAUCCCACCAACACCGAGGCGCCGUAACUCAGGCAUUUGGACUUGGUCCCUCAGAUCAGAUGCGCGCGGCUUCGCCAGGUUUUCGCACGCAACUCGGCG